AUGUCUUUCUCGGAUGAUGGAGACAUGGAGGACUGGGCGGAACAAUCGUCUACGCAAAAGCGCUACGAAGGCGAAGACACCAGUCCAACCACACCCCGUGAAUUAAAGGGCUGGUACGCGUAUCCUAUCGCUGCUGAAUACACAGGCGCCUUCCUUCCCGUCCUCCUCGAGCAACUCGCCCGCGAAAACGGCGUCUUCUUCUCCGACCCCUCACAGCCAUGCGUCACUCAUCCCACCUCUUCCCGCCGCGCCAGCGACAAAGAAGCAGCACCCGCUUCCUCCGAGCAAUGCAUGGUAACCUACCUCGGCCUCCAAAUGUCCACCAGCAGCCUCGCACUGUACACAUCAUCAGCAGCAGUACUACUACAAGCCCUUGUAUUAGUGUGUUUGAGUAGUUUUGCAGAUUACGGUCCAUACCGCAAAAAAAUGCUCAUGAUAACGUCGUACACGGGCUCAAUAGCGAGUUGCCUCUUCAUCUUCAUCUCCCCCUCACUAUACCAACUCGCCCCUCUCCUCGUCAUAAUCGGCGUAGCCUGCUUGGGAUGCUCGUUCGUGCUACUCAACGCUUUUUUACCGUUGCUCGUAGCAAACUACCCGGAUAAUAGCAGUGAUGCGGGUGGCAAGCCGUUGUCAGAAGAUGACGAUUCAGCCGUUGAAUUGGAUAGUUUGAAUGCGGAUACAGAGGCCGCGGCGUCACGGAGGGAAGAUGCAGAGAAGCUGGCACGCGAUCUGGAGCGGUCUGCGCAGAUAAGUUCGAAAGGAGUGGGAUAUGGGUAUAUGGCUGCGGUAUUCGUUGAGAUACUAGCGAUCCUCAUCAUCUUCAUCUUCAGCAAAACGUCGUUGUCGAAGACGUCGCCCACACUCUCGAUCCGCGUCGUACUCUUCAUGGUCGGCCUCUGGUGGGCCGUCUUCUCCAUCCCGACGUUACUCUGGCUCCGCGAACGCCCUGGGCCCCCUUUACCCGUACAGCAGCACUCCAACCUCUCCUCCACCCCCGGCAAAUCCAAACUCCGCACAUUUCUCUUCUACACAUCCUUCUCCUUGAGAAGUUUCUGGGUCACCUUGAAAAAAGCUUGUCGACUCCGUCAAACACUCAUCUUCCUCAUAUCUUGGUUCCUGCUCUCAGACGCCGUAGCCACAAUCUCAGGCACCGCCGUGCUCUUUGCAAAGACCGAACUGCACAUGAGUACCAUUGCGAUUGCGCUCCUCUCCAUCACCUCCAUCGGCUCCGGCAUCAUCGGUGCCUUCGCCUGGCCACGCAUCCAGCGCCACUGGGCCCUACAACCGAAAACCGUGUUGUUGUGCUGCGUAGCGGGUAUGGAAAUUAUUCCUCUGUACGGCCUCCUCGGCUACAUCCCGUUGUUCCAGCGGCUGGGCUUCAUAGGCUUGCAGCAGGCAUGGGAGAUUUAUCCCAUAGCCGUCUUACACGGCAUCGUCAUGGGCGGCAUCUCAUCCUACGCGCGGUCCGUAUUUGCGCCGCUGAUCCCUGAGGGUAGCGAAGCGGCGUUUUUCGCCCUCUACGCUGUCACGGAUAAGGGGAGUAGUGCUGUGGGACCGACGCUCGUAGGCCGUAUUACGGAUAGUGCGGGGACGAUUCGACCCGCAUUCAUCUUUUUGGCUGUCCUGGUUAUGCUGCCUGCGCCGUUGCUGUGGCGGCUCGAUGUUGAAAAGGGGAGGGAGGAUGCGAGGGCUAUGGCAGAGGGAGAUGCCAGGGGACGCGGAAGGUACGAAAGAGUCCGGAAUGAGUGA